GCAUGAACACCACAAAGUCUCAGUUCUUGCUCCUCCAAAAUAUAAUGUAAUUGGGCAACUGCUCAGGGCAUUUUGUCCUCCAUGCAGUCACUCAGUGAUUCUUGCUGUUUCCAUCUCUCUUCUUCAACACUGAAGCCAUCAAGAUACAUGUAGGAGAGAAAUGGAGCACUGGAGGGUUGCACACUAGCUCUUAAAUGUUUAGACCCAGAAAUGACAGUUUCUUCUGCUCACACUCCAUUGGCCAGCAUUGACCAUGACCCUGUUCCUGCAAGGGGCCUGGGGAGUGUGGAGUUGCCUGUGGAUAUUUGAGGGAGACCAAAGGGCAGUUCCUUAUUGACCACAUUUGCAACUACUACAGCUUGCUGGAGAAGGACUACUUUGGCAUUCGUUAUGUGGACCCAGAGAAGCAGAGGCACUGGCUUGAGCCUAACAAGUCCAUCUCCAAGCAAAUGAAAUCUCAUCCACCAUAUACCAUGUGCUUUAGAGUGAAAUUCUACCCGCAUGAACCCUUGAAGAUUAAAGAAGAGCUCACAAGGUACCUUCUGUACCUGCAGAUUAAAAGAGAUAUUUUCCACGGCCGCCUGCUCUGCUCCUUUUCAGAUGCUGCCUACCUGGGUGCCUGUAUUGUUCAAGCUGAGCUUGGUGAUUAUGACCCUGAUGAGCACCCUGAGAAUUACAUCAGUGAGUUUGAGAUUUUCCCCAAGCAGUCACAGAAGCUGGAAAGAAAAAUGGCGGAAAUCCAUCAAAAUGAACUCAGAGGCCAGAGCCCACCAGUUGCUGAAUUUAACCUACUGCUGAGAGCUCAGACUUUGGAAACCUAUGGGGUGGAUCCCCACCCAUGCAAGGAUUCAACAGGCACAACAACAUUUUUAGGAUUCACUGCUGCAGGCUUUGUGGUAUUCCAGGGAAAUAAGAGAAUCCAUUUGAUAAAAUGGCCAGAUGUCUGCAAAUUGAAGUUUGAAGGGAAGACAUUUCAUGUGAUUGGCACCCAGAAGGAGAAAAAAGCCAUGUUGGCAUUCCAUACUUCAACACCAGCUGCCUGCAAGCAUCUUUGGAAGUGUGGGGUGGAGAACCAGGCCUUUUAUAAGUAUGCAAAAUCCAGCCAGAUCAAGACUGUGUCCAGCAGCAAGAUAUUUUUUAAAGGAAGUAGAUUUCGAUAUAGUGGUAAAGUCGCCAAAGAGGUUGUAGAGGCCAGCUCCAAAAUCCAGCGGGAGCCCCCAGAGGUGCACAGAGUCAACGUUACGCAGAGCCGCAGUUCCUACUCCUUAAACAAACAGCUCAUCAUUAACAUGGAGCCCCUGCAGCCCCUACAGCCUUCCCCCAGCGAGCAGGAGGAGGAACUUCCACUGGGCGAGGGUGUUCCACUGCCCAAAGAAGAUGAUAUUUCUGCCUCUUUGAUCUCCAGCUCACCAGUGAAGGAAGUCAGGAAUUAUGAAAAUCCCCCAGGUGAAGAGGAAGAUAAAAUAAAAGAAGAGCCCCUGACCAUCUCUGAACUGGCAUAUAGCCCAACUGCCAGCCUGCUCCCUACCCCAGUGGAUGAUGAGAUCGACAUGCUCUUUGACUGUCCAUCUAGGGUGGAGUUCGAAAGAGAAGACACAGAUUCGUUUGAGGAACUGGAGGCAGAUGAAAAUGCCUUCUUAAUGGCCGAAGAAGAGGAGCUGAAGGAGGCUCACCAAGCUUUGUCGUGGAGCUACGACAUUCUGAGUGGCCAUAUUCGGGUGAACCCACUGGUCAAGAGUUUUUCCAGGCUCCUUGUGGUGGGCCUGGGGCUGCUGCUCUUUGUAUUCCCCCUGCUCCUCCUCCUUUUGGAGUCAGGUAUUGAUCUCUCCUUCUUAUGUGAAAUCCGCCAGACGCCAGAAUUUGAGCAAUUUCACUAUGAAUACUACUGUCCUCUCAAGGAGUGGGUGGCUGGCAAAGUAAACCUCAUUCUUUACAUGCUGGGCUGUUCAUAAAAUUCCUAUCUCAUAAGACUAAGGGCUAUAUUCAAUACAGGUGGUUUUUUUUUUUUUUUCAGCAAAUGCCUGGUUCUGAAUGGUCAUGGGGCUAUCGACAGGCAUUCCUUACACAUUACUGAUUAGCUUUCCAUAAUUCACUGCAACUAAGUAAGUUUUAAUCAGAUACAGUUAUUUUGGUUACAGGUCAGGAAGAUGGCCUUUAACCAAAAAUGUUUAUUUUUUAUUAUAGUACAGACAUACUCUUUAUUAUAAUACUUUGAGCUGAAUUAGAUUUCUUUUUUAAUAGCACCAUUACAAGCUAUAAGGUUCAGAAUCAGAAUUUUAGUAAAAAUUCAAGAGAACACUUUUGAAUAUAAUCCUUAGUGAAAACAAUGUCCUCUAACCAAUGCCUAUACAACUAAAUUUAUGCUGGGCUUUUGUUUUUGUUUUUUUAAAAAUAUUUUUAUGUGUUCAAAAUAUUUUGGUAAAUUUUUAGCAAAAAAGCCUCCUGGAGUUAUUUAAGUGUACAGAUUGUAAGACUAAUGCACAAAGGGUAUGUCAGGAAUUUUUUAAUAUUUUGGCACUGGUUUGUUUUUAAAAAUAUUUUUGGCUGAACAGUCGCAUAAUUUGUUGUUAUCUGCAUAUAAGACAGAAAACAGGUAGAAAGAUACUAUAGUAAUAAGCUCCUAAAACAGAUGAUGGAAUUGGAUGUAGAAAUGGAGAGCAUCAAAUGGACACAGCGUGGUCCAUUUUUCAAAGUAUUUGGACAAGACUUUAAGUUACUUUCAUUUGAGCUCUGUCCAUAUAUUUUGGCUGGGGAAGCAGAAUGUUUUUAAAGGAAAGUGAAACUUUACAGGAAAAAAGUUAAAGAUGAUUAAGUUAAUUUUGUACAUUAACAAGAGUGGAAACACAUGGAAACUGGACAGAUGGCAAGUAGUAAAGCAAGGGUUCUGGUGGGCAAGUGAGGGCAGGUGAAUGACCUAUUUUAUGAAGGUGAUGGUGAUGGAAUGAAUGUGUUGGAUGUAGGAACAGUGUGCUUGCUGUCCGAGUUGACAUGGGUAUGUUUUAAGAGGAUCUAAUAAAAGUUGAGAAACUUCAAAAGAAGUGUGUGUAUGAGAGAGAAAGUGUACAGGAGAAUGGAUUUGGGGUUUUUGAGGUGGUCAUUAGACUCUUGCUGGGUGUCUCUAAGAUCUUAACUCAUUUGGGGCUCCCAUUAGAGAAGCAGAGGGGGCUCAGUAAUUGAAACACCAUUCCAGCUGGGAGAAGGAGGGAAAUGACUCCCUAAUCAGACAGCAGGGGGGACAGUGCUCUAGAAUCUUCCUUCAUACCAGUGAAUCCGUAACAGAAAGGCUCUGGUGCCUUGUCACGCAGAGUACUUCUCCAUACUGUGGUGUGAGAAGGAAAAAGAGCACGGAGAUUUCUCCACAGACUGAGAACAUCCUACUGCCUUCAUUUACAAAGAGGUGGGGCUGCCUGUACUCUCCCCAUAACAAUCAUUGGCCAUUCCAGUCCUACUCAUUUAUGGAGCUCCAAGUGCUUUAUUAGACAUCUAAUUUUGAAGAUAAGUUUUAAGAGUCAACUCGUGAAGCUUGAGUUGACCACACUGUAAUAUCCAUUUGCUAUUAGAGUUCUUUCUCAUGUGCUUUCAGGGAUUUAUUUUGCUUUUUAAUAAACAAUGUUUACUACCUGAAAUUUGAUACCAAUAUAGAAAUAUAUUUUCUACAGUUUUUUUUUUUGAAGUUUGCAAGUGGCCAGCUUUGAGAUUCAACUUUUUUCUUCUUUUUUAUGACUUCUUGGUCAUACUUCUGACAUAAGGGUGCUCCAGUAUAGUCUGUACAAAAAUUAAUCCACCUUCUAAACAUGCUUCAUAUCAUUUUCUUUGAAGUUCUAACCAUAUCAAAUCAUCUAGCCCUUAAGGUAACAUUUUUUUAAAUUAUGGAAAUAAUAUACUGCUACUGUAAAACCUGAAAAAUACUGAAAGGAUAUCACACAUAGUCCAACUAUGCAGAUUUAUAUUAAGAACUAAUGUAUUAACAUUUCCAGCUAACAUCUCUUUUCUCUUAGGCAAAAACAUCAAGUUGAAUAGAAAUGUUUUUAAGUGAAGGAGUUGACAGGAUAGAGUCUGCUGAAUUUAAACAAGAGCCACCAAAAGUAAAACUGGGAUCCUGAAAUGCCAUUUUAUUGGAAUAGAAUCAGAACCUUUUAGAAAUAUCCACUUAAGUUUGUUAGAAGACAGUCACCAGAGGCCCGAGUCAAAUGAGGAAAAGACUGCUUCCAAAGAUGGAGAGUAUAUAAUACAGAGAUACAGAGUACAAAGCAAGUGUGUGAGUAUAUGUAUGUUCCAUAUUAGUGGUAUAUAUGUGUAUUUAUAUACAUACAACUGAUAUGCCCUUUACACAUAGUUGUAUUUCUUUUUCCCCAAAUUGAAGAAUUUGGGACAUGUUAUUCCUUUUCCUUCUCAGAUAAUCAUGGUGGACAAUACCCACAGUCUCAAAGCUUUCAAUUUCCCAUGAAAACAACUGUGUACACUUGUUGUUAUAUAUAUAUAUACACCCACAUAUGGCAGAUACAUAUACACACACAGUCUUGUCUUUAGUGACAGUACAAGUUGGAUCAUGAAAAAAAUGUAGGUAAAGUAUGGUGUAUUUCUGUCUGUGCUUGGAACAUAUGUUGUAAAAUGUUAUGUAUUUGGAUUAU